AAAAAGUUAAAUUUUAUUUUCAGGGAAAAAUGUCAAAAUCGGGUUUAGAAAGGGAGAAGAUUAUAAAAAACAUUCAGAGUAUAGAAGCUGUGACUGAUGAUAAACGAGUAUUAAAGCAUAUAAUGAUUGAUAUUCUCAAUCUAAGGAAUGGAAUGGAAGAUAACCUACUCAUAAUUCAACAAAUCAACCUGAUGAUACAGAAGGAGGGAGAGGAGCAUAAGGGGUUAGAUGACGUGAUCCAUGCUGCCCAGCAACAUAUUAACUCUAUCAAUUCAAUCUAUACACUUGGGGUUUCCUGGCUAAAAGAUAAUACUGAUUUUUCUUUAAGCUCUACAAAGGAUCAUUCUUUUCAACAAACACAAACAGAGAGCAGCAUAGAGGAUGGUAAUCUGGGGAGCAUGGGGAAAAUGGAUAACAUGGAUAACAUAGAGAAUAUGGAUAGCAUUCAUAACAUCGAGAACAUAGAGAAAGUGGAGAUGAUGAAAAACAUUGAACUCAAUGAGAACUUGUUUAUAAGAAACCUGAAACCCCCGGAGAAAAACAGAGAGGAUCCUGAGAUACUAGAAACCUCGGUCAGUUUAGAAAACCGUGAAAAAGAGAAUGUUGAAGAAAAUGAUGAUAUCAAAAUGGAUAUGGAUGAGUUUAUAGAUCCAAGAAGUAUUCUUGCUCUUGGAAUAAAAGAGGAGUCGGAAAGAAAAAAUAGAAUUUCAGAUAAGUUGUGCAAGGACGAGCUGGAUAAUUUUGAAGUAUUUGAUGAAAAUUUAAAGAAACAACGGGGAAAAUCUAGAAAAAGCGAAAACGGAUUGGCAAUUCAAUAUUCUUGUGAGCAAUGUUCAUUUGUGGCAAGUUCUAAAAUAAACUUGAAACAUCACAUUAAAAGGUUUCACACUGAAGGAAGCACUUGUGAUUUAUGUGACUUUGUCGGCUCGUUAAAGGGAGUGAACGAACACAAAAGAAGAAAACAUGAUGGAUACCUUUUCUCCUGUUUAGUAUGUGACUUUCAACAUCCACAGAACGACGUGUUAAAAACACACAUUAAGGAAAAGCAUGAUGGCCGUGGGUUUCCUUGUAAUCUCUGUGAAAAAGCUUUUCAUAUAAAACCUAAUCUGAGUAGACAUGUGCAGAAUGUACAUCAAAAAGAAAUAUAUUCUUGUAGUCAGUGUGAUUAUUCUGCAAGGAAUAAAAAUACUCUAAAGGAACACAAUGAUAGUGUUCAUUUGGGUCGACAAUAUAAUUGUGAUAAAUGUGAUUUUGUGGCAGGAAGGGCUGAUCACCUUAGAUCCCAUAAGAAGAAAAUGCAUACUGAUGGAUCCCAUGACACCGGUGCUAACAUUGAAUCUUCUAAAGACAAUUUAAAAGCAUUUUAUUGUGAUCAAUGUAAUUACGUGGGAUCAACCAAAAAUGUUUUGACCGCACAUAUUAAAAACAAACACGAUAAAUCAACUAACUAUGCAUGUGAUGAAUGUGACUAUUCCACUUAUAACAAGGCGAAUUGGUGGGCGCAUAAAAACGGACACAAGAGUGCUUUAGUCAUAUGUGAUCAAUGCCCCUAUAUUGGUAAACCAGCAAAUCUAAAAGUACACAUUCAAGUUCAUCACGACAAAUUAAACUAUCCAUGUCAUUUAUGCAAUUAUCAUGGACAAACUUUGACACAUUUGAGAUCACACACAGAGUCUGUUCAUAUGGGUGUAAAGUAUCAUUGUGAUAUAUGUGGGUUUGCAGCGUCCACAACCACUAACUUGAAACAGCAUAAAGAUUGUAAACACGAUGAUACUAAAUAUCCAUGUGAGGAAUGUGGAUAUUUAGCCUCAACAAAAUAUCUCCUAAAAAAACACAUUAAAAAGAAGCAUGGUGUAAAACCAUUCAUAAACAAAAUGAAUUUGGAUGUUUUUUCUGAGCGGUUUAAAAUUUUAGAAGAUAUUCAGAGCAUAGAAGCUGUUACUGAUGAUAAACGAAUAUUAAAGCAUAUAAUGAUUGAUAUUCUCAAUCUAAAGAAUGGAAUGGAAGAUAACCUACUCCUAAUCCAACAAAUCAACCUGAUGAUACAGAAGGAAGGAGAGGAGCAGAAGGGGUUUGAUGAUGUGAUCCAUGCUGCCCAGCAACAUAUUGACUCCAUUAACACAGUGUAUACACUGGGAGUCUCCUGGCUUAAAGAUGAAAUGGGUUACAUUCUAAAAUUUGUCCAAGGAGAUAAUCUUGAAACUAUGGCAGAUGAUGAGGAAAUCAAUGAAGAAGGAAUUAACUCGCCAAACAAUGACCUGGAGAAUCUGGAGAUAUCAGAGAAUAAUAACUCAGAUGAUUGCGGAGAAAUCAAAAUAGAAAUGGAAGAAUUGAUUGAACCCAGAAAUCUACUAAUGCUGGGGUUAAAGGAGGAGGAGGAGGAGGAGGGAGAAACUAGAAUAUCAGGCGAUGAAUUAAAAAUGGAAGAUAAAAUUUUCAACACCAAACAAGAAUAUCCUUGCACCGAGUGUGAAUAUGUUGGUGAGCUAAAAAGGAAUCUGACGCAGCACAUGAAGCGUGUUCACGGUGAAAUAAAUCCCUGCUUUGAAUGUGAAUUUUCAGCAACAGCCGAGGUUUUAAAAAGACACACCGAGGUUAUGCAUUCCAAUGUAAAGUCUGUAUGCGAUCAAUGCGAGUACAAGGGCUCUAGGGUGGCCCUGAUACAACAUAAGAAAAGUAAACAUGAUGGGGUAAGAUAUCCCUGUGAUCAAUGUGAUUAUAUUGCAAACCACGCGUCUCAUCUAAAAGUACACAAAGGAAGUAAACACAAGGGUUUGCGAUAUUAUUGCGAUCAAUGUGAAAGUUCUUUCGGUGCUUUAUCAAAUCUUAGAAGACAUCAACAAACUGUUCACGAAGGAAAGAGAUUUUCUUGUAAGCAUUGUGAUUAUUCUGGGUCCCAACCUAGUCAGUUAAAGGAACACAUUGAUGGGGUUCACAAGGGAAUUAAGUUUCACUGUGACCAAUGUGAUUAUGUGGCGAACAUGGCAAACAAUCUCAGAAAGCACAAGAACAUGCACCAUUUGAAAGUGAUGAAAAGAAGUUUAAAAAGAUUUGCCAGUCCUUGUGAUUUAUGUGAUCAUGUUGCAUCUAAUGGGGGUAAUUUAAAAUUGCACAAAGCUAACAUGCACAACACGACAAUUUCGUAUUCUUGUGAUAAAUGCAGCUAUUCAACAUUCUCUAAAGGAAAUUGGGGUGCGCAUAAACGUACACACGAAAGAAAAGAGUUUCUUUGUGAUCAGUGUCCUUAUGUUGGGAAACUUUAUACCAUUUUAAAACAGCACAAGAAGGUUAAACACGAGGGAAUAAGAGUACCCUGUGAUCAGUGUGAGUACACUUCACCAGACAAUACUCAUCUCAGACUGCACAAGGAAGCAAUGCAUAUGGGCAUUAAAUAUCCUUGUGAUCAAUGCGAGUUUGCAGCAACUUCUAAAAGUAAUUUAAAACAACACAUUGAGAGUAAACAUGAUAAUACUAAGCAUCCUUGCAACCAGUGUGAGUACUCUUCAACUACACAAUAUGGAUUGAGAAAACACUUGAAAAGUAAACAUUAAGCACGAUUAAAUUAAAAGUGUGUUGAAAGCCUUGAAUAUUGUAAUUAUAGGUCGGGUGUAAGGGUUUACUAAUCUUAACAUUCUCAACUAUUGGCCUAGGAAAUUUUGUAUACAUUUUUUUACUGAAUAAAAAUAAUUAAAUUUA